AUGCGAAAGAAGCCAAAGAAGCCGAAGAGAACUUUAGGUCAACCGCAUAUGAAAGGCGUUGUAUUAAGUACUUUCACUCGCAAACCAAAGAAACCAAACUCAGCUCAACGCAAAUGUGUAGCAGUACGAGUUAAAAAUGGUAAGCGUGUUAUUGCUUAUGUACCUUAUGGAGGGCACUCGCUUCAGGAACAUAGCGUUGUGUUAAUACAAGGAGGGAGAGUGCAAGACUUGCCUGGCGUUCGAUAUACUUGCGUUCGAGGAGUAUACGAUUUAACGUGGAAUAAAUAG